AUGAGUUAAAUUGAAAGUGAGAAGAUACCAAAGGAUAAAGAUUAAUUUUCGAAAAGUGAGGAAGUAAUGGAUUAGUCGUAAGACAAUCUGAGCAGUGCAAGUAGCAUGAAGGAUGAAUCUUGGUCUUUACAGUCAUUUUAAUUUAAAAAAAAGAUUAGCAAAUGUAGCGAUGGCAAAAAAACAUAUAAAAGAGGGAGAAAACCUAAGCUGCAAAUGAAGAAAAUAGCUUAUACAUACAGUUCUACAAAUUUAUAAGAGUUAACUUAGAUACAGUCAAAACUUCAAUACGAAACAAGCAUUAUUAAAUAAAUCCCUUCUUAAAAAGUAUUUUUUUUAGCAGGAGACAUUUUAGCUGAAUUGAAAGAUGCGACAAACGAUAUGGGAAUAGAUAUCUUUAGAGAGUAGAGAAAUGCUCUUUUUAUAGAAAGAGAUAAUUAUGGAACUUAAUUUGAACUCACAAGCGUUAGUCCUCUUAAAAAUUUCUAAUCUGUGAUAUAUUAUUAGGAAAAUUCUUAAGACUAAGAGCUAUACUAAUUCUCUAAGUUUUUGAAAAAACAUUAAGAAUUAAUUUACAUGCUUAGUGCUUAAAUCUAAGACCUACAAAAUUCUUUUUUGUGUGGUGACUAAAAAUUGGAAGAAAUUAUAAAUAAAAGGUAAAAUAUCAAAAAUUAAUAAAGAAAGUAGAUUUUAGAGUAGAUCUACAACUAAGAUCGAUUCUGUUAAAUAGCGACUGUAAGUUUAUCCUUAACAAACUAAACAACUACUGUUUCUAAUAUUUCAUUUUCUUAAUCGAUGAUUGCUCUUCUCGGAUUUGAAAGUGAUAAUGUCUUGUGUAAUGUUUCAAAGAUAGCAUUUUUAAAAGUUUUAACCCAAAACUCAAGAAGAUAAAUUAUGAAAUGUAACAUAUAAGCUCAGCAGAAAUAGCAAUCUGGACUAAUAUUAGAAAUCGAAGAUUUUGAGCUAUUGACGUUUGAUUAAAUUAAAAUAGUUUGUAAAGGUAGAUUUUAAACUAUCCCAAUCAUAUAUCCACCUGAGUUGUAAUUUGAAUAGUACCCUCUAUUAAAUACAAUAGAAUAAUUUUGUUUAGUUGAAUAUGAUAUAACUCCUUGGCAUAUUGAAUAGCUGCUGAAAAUUAGAUAAGAAUUUAUUAAAAAAGCCCCCUAAAAUGAGAUUUUUCCUAACAAUUAUAAAUAUUCAAAUUUAAUUGAAAUAGAAAAUUUCGAAUACAGUAUUUAAAGUUAAAUUUUUCUUGAAAAAUAUUAUUAAAAAGAGCUCAAGAAGAUUAACGAAAAUAACUAAAAAUAAAUAGAGUAAUAAUUACAAAUCGAGUAAAUAGUUUAAAAUCCUUUGCCUUGUGGUUUUAGGUAUAUAUGA